AAAUUACACAAGAGUUCACAGAUAAACCCUUCCUCGCUUUAAAAUAAUUAUAACGGUCAGUAUUUCGUAUUCUAUGAUACAAACGUGAUGUCACGUUAUUUUAUUCUUUAAGUUAUUCUAACAAGUUGAUUAAAAAUUAUUUGUGAUAUAUGUAUAUGGAAAAAUGUCAGAAACAAUGAGGGCUAAUAUCGAUAAAAGAAUUAUUUUAUUAUAUAAUGCUGAAAAAUGGGAAGAGAUUGCUGCUUUAUCUUCUACUGCUGACGAUCUUAAAACUAGUAAAUUGUCAUGGAUAUUGCCUGACAUGAGUGACUUGCGUUGGAUAAAUGAUAUUGUACGAAAACAUAAUUUAUUUGGAAUUGCAAGCAUUGGUUGCGGUUGUGGAUUACUAGAAUGGUUAUUACAAAAAUAUUCAGGAUUAGACAUUGUAGGUAUAGAAUUGGAUAGUUCCUGGUGGAACUGCAAGUAUUCUCCACCACAAUUGUUGAAAAACAUAAUCUUUAUUGAGAACAAGACAAUGAAUUUCCAAGUACCAAAACGAUAUGCCAUGUUAUUUUGCUACUUUAAUAACAGUGCAGCAUUCUGUAAUUAUAUAAAAAAUUACAAAGGUAAUUUAAUUCUCGUCAUUGGACCUAUGCAAGGUAAUAAUUAUACAACAGAUCCCCUACCAUUUGAUGAAAAAUUUGAAAAAUAUAAUUGGAAAUUGAUAAAGGUAAAAAAACUCGUAUGUUCCAAUAAUUACAUUACUGCAUAUAGUAAAUAUUAUAAUACAUCUAAAUAAUUAAUUAAAAAUAAUAAAUAUAAUUAUAAUAUUAUGCAAAUGAAAAUUUAAUAUAAUGUCAUUAUAAUUUAACAAGACUAUUAAAUUUAAGUGAAAUAUCAGCUUUAAAGCAUGGAUGAUAUUCAAUUUAAUUCAAGACAUCUUUAUUUUUACAACUUAUUACAUAUUAUGCAAUAUAUUAUAUAAUUACAAGCAAUUUGUUAACUUUAGAAGAUAAUCGACAGUUUGAUACAAAUGUUUACUUGAUGAGAGAUCUGUUAAAGAAUUGUUUAUAAUGAAAAUGACCUAAA